CUUUUGAGUUUUCGUCUCACCAGCGAAGAGUAGCACUGCAAACAGAAGACACGUGAAUGUGUAAAUAGCAUCUAAGGACAAGUUAUAUUUGCCACUCCCGAAAACAGUCAUCAUGCAUCUCUGUCAGCGAUGUGUGAGUGUAUUUCGACCUGGGAGAAUAUCUGCAGCUCUUCAGCAGUCGACACGCUUGCAUCAGCGCUCACAUGACGUCAGAAACACAGCACACAGCCAUAAACAGCUGCCUGUCCACAGUCAUUCACAGACAUACAGCACAGAGACAUGGAGACCAGCACAUCUGCAACACAGCCACAGACUGCUGCCUGUCCACAAUCUUUCACAGAAAUACAGCACAGAGAACUGCAGAGUACACCCGCAAGCUGCAUCACCAGAUCUUCAAAAUAACAGUGAUGAUAAGCAGUGUGCGACAUUUAACAACUCUGACCUGCAUCAAGAAUCAAGCCAAAUAUCAAUCUCUGAUCUUCAUAAUAUUGGUUUGGAAGCAGCUGUGCAUCCCUCACCAUUUCAGGAAAUCACUGAGGAUGAAGCAGUACAGAUCCAAGUACCUUCAGCCCUUCCUCCGGUCUCUUUCACACUCAGACCUUAUGUGGAUAAAUCUGAAACUCUCAGCAAACUGGUUCAGCUUGGUGUCGACCUCUGGAAACUAGAGCAGAGACCCAAUGUGGGAUCUAUGCUGGUAAAACUAGACUUCCACACUGAUGUUGCACCCAGACUACUUUUUCUCAAAGAUCUAGGAGUUGAGGAGACUAAACUGGGCUCACUGCUUACUAAGAACCCCUUUAUCCUUACAGAAAGCUUGGAAAACCUUGAAGCAAGGGUGUCAUAUCUAAAGUCAAAGAAAUUCAGUACUCAGUCUGUGGCUGCCAUGGUGAGCAAAGCUCCAUACCUUCUUAACUUCAGUGUUGAGAGGCUGGACAAUCGCCUUGGAUUUUUCCAGCAGCAGUUGAGUCUCAGUUCUGAGAAGACUCGUAAUGUUGUGAUUCGUUUACCGAAACUACUGUGUGGCAGUUUAGAGCCAGUUAAGGAGAAUCUGAAGGUUUUUGAACUGGAGUUUGGAUUUCGUGACAAUGAAAUACAGCAAAUUGUCUCAACAGUUCCUAAGAUUCUGAUUGGAAAUAAAAGAAAACUUACCCAAAUAUUUGACUUUGUUCAUAACACCAUGGGUGUUCCACACUCUCUUAUUGCUAAGUUUCCACAGGUCCUUAAUGCCAAAUUUCUUCGCAUCAGGGAGCGGCACCAGUUCCUAGAGUAUUUAGGCAGGGCCCAAUACCAGCCAUCUCAACCCAACUACAUCUCUUUGGAUCGCUUGGUUUUCUUGCCUGAUGAAACUUUCUGCUCUGAUGUGGCUUUAGCAACUCUUGAAGAUUUUGAGCGAUUUCAAAAAAAUUUGUAGAUGUACAAAAUAAAUGUGACAUUAUAUUGA